AUGUUCACGAUUAAUAGUAUCCUCCACUCGGGUCGGUCUCCUCCUUCGCCUCCGUCGCAGGUGAAGGAGUGGCUUUCGGCGGAAGAAGGCACUGCAGCAGGAGCGCCCUCGACGUCGCCAUCCUACUCCUCGGCCGUUCCUUCAACGUCCUCCUCCUUCUCCUCUUCUUCCUCCUCCGGCGCGGCGGUUCCUGUGCCUCCUUCGCCUUCCGCCCUGGUGCCCGCGACGCCGCUCUUGCCCUGCGUGUCUCCGGCGCCCCCGUGUCUGUCCCUGACGCCCUCGCUACUCUCCUCCGUGAGCCAGCUGCUGGACUUCUCGACGCUCAUCCCCGGCACGAGCAGCUUCGCCCCGAGCGCCGACACGAGCGUCUCUUCGGCGAGUGCGUUUCAUUCCGUCGCCAGCGCCUUCGUUCCCAUCUCCGCCUCUAUGUCGACGGCCCUCCCGACGGGCGCCGCGUCCUGCCACUCGCCGGCGCACCCUGCCGUGGCCCAAGGGAAGCCCACCGCCUGUCCUCAUCAGCGCCUCGCUCUUCCGGCCACCGUCAGCAGAGUCCCUUCGGUUCCAUUGGCUCCCUUGGCCCCCUCGCGCUCGCAGACGCCCUUUGCCUCCCCCGCCACUUCCUUGCCCCACGCGCUACACACUCCUUUCACGCCCCCGGCAGGUGCCAUCCACACGGUCUACACAGCCCACCUGCCGUGCCACAGCGCCCUGAACUCAGGGUAUGCCUCCCACAGCGCGCCCAUUGCGCCGACCCCAUUUGCCUACGCCCCGCUCGGCCCCGCGCCCAGCCCGGCCGUCGCAAGAGCCCCUUCCGUCCUCGCCCUGCCUCCGGUGCCUCCCGCGAGGUCCCUCCUCCCGGCCGCGCCUCCCGCCACCCCGUCGAGAGCAGCGCAGCCCCCGAACGAGGACCAGAAGGGCUGCCGUCGCGACUUCACCGCUCCCGACGGCGACUUCCCCGCCCGGAUGUUCCUCCCGAGACCUCCCUCUCGGCCCCCUGGCGUCGCGGAGAUCUUCGAGGCGAGCGAGAAGGGGGGCGGCCCCUCCUUCCCCCCCCGUGAGGCAAGGAGGUGUGAGGUCGAGGAGCAUCUCGUACGCAGCUUCCAUUCUCAUUAUUUCGCAGCUGGUUAUCUGCCGCCCUCAUACCCUCUCGGUCUACAAGGUACUGUGUUUUGUGUGAGAGUGUGA